GCGAGUGAAACGGAGCGCAAACAGCUACAUUUAUUUGUAUUUUAACCGGUGCAACAUGGAGGGCAGCAGCUUCCAGAGUCAGCUGCUGUCCGUCAUGGAGGUCCUGGCCCAGGCAGCUGUGGCGGAGAUAAACCGGCGCGUGGACGACAGCUGCGCGGUGCUGCGGGUGGAGCUGAGCCAGAGCCGGAGGGACAUCGAGCUGCUCAAGAGCAAGUAUGAGGAGAUGGAGGCAGAGCUGAGGAGGAGCAGGAGGAGAGCCAGGAGGAGAGUUGGUAACAUUCCUGCAGCAGAUGAGACAUGUCCUCCUUCAUCCAAAGUUUGCACCAGUUCAGACUGGGACACACAGAUGGGAGCUGAGUCUCCAGAUCAGCCCCAACAGCGUGCAGACGUGGAAGCUGCUAACGAACCUGAAAACGUACAGAUAAAAGAGGAGUGCACAGAGGACGUGUGGAGGAGCGAGCCGCGAGACGAGCAGACAGGUGGAGGUCAGGAGCAGCCAUGUUUCAGUAACGCACAACUUGCUCAGACUGAGAGUUUUCUGGAAAACUACCGCUCGGCUGAAAACCCUGCACCUCUGGAUUCUCCAACGGACGGCUUCGGCGCGUUCCCAGAGCGGCAGCUGCAUGAGGCGGAGCUCAUUGUGAAGGAUGAAAAGGAGGAGGAGUCUGCUGAGAACGCCGCCCCGCUGGGUUCGGUCCACACCUUUGUGACGGAGACAGCCGAAGCACCGCUGUGGUCAUCGAGCAGCCUGUACAGAAACGCCGCUGAUCCAAGCGUCUCCUACGCAGGGCAACAAACUGAGCAGAUUCCUUCCGUGUUUGCAUCUCAAACCAGCUUGUGUUUGGACAAUAUGGCGCCCAAAAUUCACCCUGAGGGGAGAUCUCACUCUGCGCUGUUGAGCGCGGCAAAGAUGAAGAGACGAGCAAAAAGUUUUGUGUACAAGAAGCCACAAACGGGCGAAGGACACAGCGUUUUGUCUCAGAUUAACGCCGUAAAUUCCCACUUGAUUACUCAACAAUCCCAGCAUCAGUGCAGAGACCCCGCACCUCACGUGGGUGGGGACAUGGCGUCGGCGAGCCCCGCCGUCCCUUUCUGCUGGCAGAGCCGCAGCGGCUUCGGCCUGGCGAGGAGGGCGAGGGCGCCCUGGAGGUCCGGCCUCGGCGAGAAGAGGUUCGGCUGCUCGUACUGCGACAAAAGCUUCCUGCGGUUCAGUCAGCUCAAGGAGCACUUGAGGAGUCACACGGGCGAGAAGCCGUUCAGCUGCGUGCAGUGCGGCCGCUGCUUCACCAAGCAGUGCAACCUGAUCCGGCACGCGGUGGUCCACAGCGGGGAGAAACCGUUCGGGUGUGCGCUGUGCGGGAAGUGCUUCACGCAGCGCUCCAGCCUCAAGUCACACCAGAAAACAGCACACUGAGACCUUUACCCUCCGUCCUCUGCUCAGUUGUAUACUUUAAGGAUGUUAAAUGUUUCAGUAAAACUCUUUAGUUCGUUGUGUUCGAUGGCCUGUUGUGUAUCAUUGUGAUAAAGUGCGGCCCAGUUGUAGAGGAACAGACAAUAAAGCAUAAAGAGCCAUAAUGUUUCAACCGUUUCAAUAAAAUGCACAAAUCAAA